UUUAUACUUCUUAAUAAUAAUUAAAUAAUAUUACAUUAUUAAAUUGCAGACUAUACCGUUUACGAUUUACUAGUUAGUAGUUACUACCUAUACUUUAAAUACGGUAUUUAUUAUUUAUAUCUCUUUAAUUAUUAAGUAAUAAUUAUCAUCGAACAGUUUUUAGACAGUUAAAAACCCAAGAAGACACCAGACUCAUUGCGUUUUUACUAAAACUUAUAAAUUAUUAUCUAACAGAUAGUAUGUCACAAAAGAUUUUGAAUAGUUUUAAAAUACUCGAAGAGUAUGAAAAUAUUCAUGCUAAAUGGUGUGCUGAAUUAAUAGCAAAUGGACGAAAAACACUUCUAUCAAUAUCUAAUAUUAUUGAUAAUGAUCUUUUAAUAAAUUUGAUGGACAAUUUUAUGAGAUUUGUCUCAUUACUUGCUCAAUAUCACCCUGAUUCAUCAUCAAAUGAAGAAAGUGCAAAUAAACCAAGUGAUCCGACUUUAAAACAACAAAAUGAAAGCCAAGAUUUAUUACCAAAGAAUGAUAUUAUUAAGACGAUGGAUAGUGAUCUUCAAUGUCCAAUUUGUAAUGAAUGGCUUUUUAAAGCAACUUCUGCAAAUUGCAAUCAUACAUUUUGUGAAACAUGCAUAAAAAAAUGGUUGAAAAUUAAUAAAUCAUGUCCAGUUUGCCGUACAACAAUUGAAUUUACUUCAACUUCUAUAGCAGUAGAUAAUUUUAUCACAAACCUCUGUUACUUAUUUGGCGGUUAUACAAAAGUACGGCGAGAAUCAAUAAUGAAUGCUCAUACAGAUGUUCAAAAAGAAACUAUUGCUGACUUUACAAUCGAUGAACUAAUUAAUUCAAAUAUUAAUCAGUCAAUUGAAAUUGAUACAUUUAUUAGCCAAAACGACACUUUUUUAACAAUGUCACAUCCAAAUAUGGUUCGUUUAAUACCUUGCCCUCAAACACCUGUAUCCAGAGAGAAUUCAAGACAACCAAUAGUUAGUCCUAAUACGCCUCAUCCUAAUACAGUUCAAUUAUUACCUUUUCCUCAAUCAUCCGUAGCACCUGUUGCUAGCCCACGUUCUAAUCGCCUUCAGCCAACAUCUUCGACACAUAUUAAUCGUUUACAGUCUACUUCUUCAACAUCUGUAUUUAGUCCACGUGUUAAUCGUUUUCAACCCUCUUCUCCAGUAUCUAUAAUUAGCCAACGUGUUAAUCGUUUACAACCCACUUCUCCAGUAUCUGUAAUUAGUCAACGUGUCAAUCGUAUUCAACCUACAUCUGUUGCCAACUCAAACACUCAUCGCCUUAGAACUAAUACAAAUAUUGGUUCAUCAUCAUCAGGACAUCAUUAAAAUUUAGGCUUACCAUCCAAUAAGAAAAAUUCACCAUCAAGAACACAAAAUAUCAGAUAUUAACACAUACUUCAAAAUGUUCAUACAAUAAAAUCAAAUUUAUAUCAUCUUAGUGAACCAUCAAAAAAAAUUA